AUGGGGUGUUUUACAUCUGAAUUAAAAAGAGGUGAUUCUAUCGAUUCACAAAGUUCGAAAACAGAAUUUAAAUACGCUGAUGGUAGAAGAUUUCAUAAUGUAAAAAAUGUCAUCUAUGCUCUACCAAAUGAUGAUGAUGAACAAGAUAGAUUACACUUACAACAUUUUUUGAUAAGAUAUCUUUUUCAAAGCAACUUUUCUGCUCCCAUCGAAAAUAUUUUGUCUGAAUCUGAUUCCAAAAUUCUAGAUGUUGGGUGUGGCGCAGCGUCAUGGUCAUUUGAUAUGGCAACUACAUAUCCAUCAGCUGAUGUUAUUGGAAUAGAUAUAUCAUCACAUCAACCUACACAAAUAAAACCUAAAAAUUUUACUUUCAUUAAAGGAAAUGUUUUAGACGGAUUACCAUUCGAAGAUAACACUUUUGAUUUUGUGUUUCAUCGAUUUUUAACUGCUAGUCAUCCUAAACAUAAGUGGCCAUACGUAGUGAAUGAAUUGGUCAGGGUUUUAAAACCAGGUGGAUUCUUAGAGCUAUGCGAAUUUUCUAAUCUGUUUGAUGUUGGACCUGUUAAUCAACGAUUAUGGUAUACAGCUGCAAAAGUAAUGGAGGAAAAAGGCAUAGAUUGGGAUACAUAUCAAAAAUUAGAAGAAUAUGCACAAAAUCAAGGUCAGUUAGUAAAUAUUAAAAAAGAAGCAAAACAAUGCUAUUAUGGUGCAAAGACAAAUAAUAUUGAACUUAGUAAAGUGGCUAUCAGUAAUAUAAGUACUUUAUAUAAUUCUCUUAAACCAUUGUUAAUGAAAACGUUAAACAUUUCUGAUUAUGAAUAUGAUGAAUUGGUUAAAGCAUCAAAAGAUGAGCUAUUUGAGUUUGAUUCUUAUUG